GACACUGAAUUUUUGAUUUCACUCUAGACAACGAAUCAUGCGAUAGCCUAAUACUACCAGUUCAACAAUGACGGUGCACUUUUUCUGGAAGUGUGUGUGUGUGUGUGUGUGUGUGUGUGUGAGAGAAGUAGUUCGGUAGGCGGAGUUCUGCGACCGCGACUGUGCUCCACCAUCAGGCGUUUGCAUUGCUUCUCCCUUGUUUGAAGCUUAAGUACAACAUGGCGAAAAAAGUUGCAGUUGUAACAGGUGCGAACAAGGGUAUUGGACUUGCAAUCGUGCAGGGGUUGUGCAAAGCUGGCUAUGCUGGAGAUAUCAUACUCACUGCGCGUAACGAGAAACUCGGACAGGAGACGUUGCAAAAACUGAAGUCCGAGGGAUUCAAUAACGUGCUCUUUCACCGUUUUGAUAUCUGCGACCAAACCAGUGCCGAAGAACUCCGGAAAUUCCUAGAGAAGAAUUACGGCGGUUUGGAUGUCUUGAUCAACAAUGCUGGGAUUGCAUUCAAAGUGGAUGCCACAGAGCCGUUCGGAGAGCAGGCGGAGGUCACUAUGCGCACCAACUUCUGGGGCACCCUGUGGGCGAGCAAGGCCCUGCUGCCGCUGCUCCGGCCCAACGCACGAGUGGUCAACAUCUCCAGCUUCGUCAGCAAGCGCGCUCUGGACAAGUGCAGCCCAGAGUUACAGGCAAAGUUCCGCAGUGCAGAUAUCUCAGAGGAGGAGCUGUGUGGACUUAUGGGAGAGUUUGUGGUGGCAGCUCAGAAUGGAAACCACGAGGCCAAAGGAUGGCCAAACACUGCCUAUGGGGCCACUAAGGUAACGCCAAACACCGCCUAUGGGAUCACUAAGGUUGGCGUAACGGUGCUGUCCCGUAUCCAGGCGCGUGUUCUGGCCCAGACGCGGGCGGCUGAUGGGAUCCUGCUGAACGCCUGCUGUCCUGGCUGGGUGCGCACAGACAUGGCCGGCCCCAAGGCCCCCAAGAGUCCCGAGGAGGGGGCCGAGACGCCCGUCUACCUGGCCAUGCUUCCCCCAGGAGCCACCGCACCCCACGGACAGCUGGUGUGGGACAAAACGGUGCAGGAGUGGUGAAGGCACAGGGAGGCCAUGCAGCACAAAUACUGACCAAUAACUCCGCCAUGCAGCACAAAUACUGACCAAUAACUCCGCCAUGUAGCACAUAUACUGACCAAGAACUCCGCAAAUCUGACUAAUGACCUACUCUGCUAUAUGAAAUAUUUUUUACUGUGAUUAUGGGAACAUGCAUAACGUGAAGAAUAUAACACAUAAUUUCCAUUUCAGUUAAAAUACUGGUAAUUACUGUACGUUCACGUACGUACGUACACAUUUUUUACUUUGCAUUAAAAGUUUUGAAGGACAUAAAAAUGUGUAUGUUUGCAGAAAUCAUAAAAGUCAAUAAGCUUUUGGCUGCUUGCUGCUUAAGCAAUGUCUAGAAUCAGAGAAAUGCACUAGCUCCAGUUGUUUGUUUUGUUUGUUUUGUUUUUACAAAAUGAUUAUACACAUAUACAAACACAUUCCAAAAUUAACUGGGUUCAUACAUUGAUUAUUUGUUUGAAUGAAAGGAUGUUGCCCUGCAAGUAAAAUUAAUAAAUUGUUUAUUUUGUCAUUUA